AUGGCGGCACAUCCUGUGUAUAGGAAACACAAUACAGUUCGGCACAACGAGGGUUCCAAUUCUUCCAUUGAACAAAGGUUGGGGCGUCAGCUCUCAAUCACACCAGCUUACCUAUCUCGCGUGGUGUAUAUUCCGAGGCAUAACGACACCACCAGUCAUCUCCCGCUUUAUGACAUAUCUCAGACCUACGCCGACACUACCAAAUCGGAGCCAAUAGGCAGCAGCAAUUUUAAACUCAUCUUGGCAACGAUGAAAAGACCAACCGGAGACGGCACAGAUGGCGAAGUUCGUUACCUCGUCAAUUUUGAUGAAGAGGCGAAGAAAACAGCUGGUACUGUGGAAAGAAGGGUUCCCACUUUCGAUGGGGAGACGGCCAAUAUGUUUGUUACUCCCAACCAGAGAGAACAGGUAUCGCAGAGAUCCAAUAACACCUAUCACAGGUUCCUACCACGAGAGGAGCUCGAGCAUUUUCAAAUCAGUUCCUUAAAUACGACCCACAGACCUUGCCUCCAAUUGGCGAGUUUUUAUCCGAUUCCCGACACGAUGACACCUCAACGGCCUGUCCGUCAUCCUUGGUUCACCAUCACACAUGAAACCAUGAACGAGACUCCAUCACAGCCGCCAAGCCUCGAAUGGCAAACCCACCCAAAGGAGCAUGGAGCUAUGAGAUACACCCUUGUGGAUUCUGGAGUGGAUGCCCGUAAAGGCACGCCUACGAUUUACGCAAUCUAUCAUCACGUCGGUAUCGGAUUUGAUCUUCCGCAUGAAUAUAGCGAAGGCAUUUUGCUUCUUUCUGGAAAUCUAGACGGCGAAGCCGAGAUUCUGGCAGUCACCAGUCUCCUCGGCCUGCUCCGGCAAGUUCGACAUAUCAACCGGCCUGUACCACGGCCAAGGAAAAAGUCCCUCAUAAAAAGAGUCCUGGGAAGAUCAUGA